AUGUCGAACCUCAAUAGCUACAUCAACAAAAAGGUCCUUAUCAUCACAGUCGACUCGAGGACGCUGCUCGGCAACCUCCUGAGCUAUGACCAGAUGACCAACAUCGUGCUAGGGCAAGCCACAGAACGCGUCAUCCGGACUCAGGACGACGAUGAGCCCUCAGAAGAAGUGGCCCUUGGCCUCUACCUCGUGCGGGGCGACAACGUGUGCCUCGUAGGCCUGGUGGACGAGCCGCUCGACGAGAGCAUCGACUGGACAAAAGUCAAGGGCGCUGCCAUCGGGACGACGAAACAUUCAUGA